AUGGGACUUCGAAGUUCAUCGCUGGCCAAAAAAAACGACGAUACACUGACAUGGGUGUUGCACAGAAGAGAUCUUUGUCAACAAGAAACCGACCAGAAGCCUCAUGAAACGAAAUCGUACGGUGGUUCGACAUCGUCCGAGUAUCGAGGAAGAAGGCACAACAACCAUGUUCAGAGAAAAAGAAGAAACCACGUGCACUCAAACAUAUUGGACUACGGCAAGCCCGAACAGACGUACGGCUACGGAAUAUCUGAUUUGGACGAUUUCCUCUCAAAAUCGUCGAUCGGUCGGCCGGGCAACAUACCGAUGGUGCUGUGCACGGGAUGUCUGCUGUACCAGACGCAGCUUGACGACCACUACCAGACGGAGGUGGCGCUACCACUGGGCAUGGUGGUGAACGCGGUGUUCAAGAACGAGCAGUGGCUGUACGUGCAGACGCCGCACGCCGAAGAGGGGUACAUACCGUACGGCAGCUGCCUGCCGCUGGGAAUUGUGCCGCCGCCGGACGCGGCCCGGGCGCCGUGCUGGGAGACCCAGUCGGACGUGUUCCCGAGACCUGUCGGGGACCGGCGUCGUCGCGGCCGCGGCCACAGGGGUGGCAGCGUUGGAGGCUUCGGCAGUGGCGUCGGCGGCGGCGGCGGAGGUGGUGGCGCUGACGAUUACGACGAAGACGACGACGACGAUGACCGAGACGUGGCCACGUUGCUGUUCCGGCGUCGCCACUGCGGACGGGGCCAGUCGUCACCGCCGCCACCGCUCCGGCGACCCACUGCCGCCACUAGAUCCGUCACUGGCUACGGGUAUUUGUGACGCUAAUCAGACAUGCAGUGUAAAUGAUUUUAACAUUUAUGGUGCCCAAUAUUGUGUACCAUCUGCGCGCCACUUAAUAUUAUAAUAUAUCAUAAUAUGUACCUACCGUUCAAUAUUGUGUACCACCCGCCAUCGCUUCUCGAAAUCUCAGGGGCGUCAAAAUUAAGUGGUCCUAGGCAUAUCGUGGCACCACGGAGGUUUACAGUGGCGACACGGUUCAUCCAUUCUAAAAUCACUGCGUGGUGCGAUUAUAAUAUUGUAGUUUUUAUGAGUUUUUUUCAUUAUAUAAUUAUAUUAUUAUGACUUAAGUUACUGGCGGUAGACCUUAUACAAUAAGAUAAUAAUUAUUGAUGAUCGAAAUAAUAUGAAUGUAAUAUAAUAAUAUAUAAAUUACAUAUAUAUUUUAUUGUAUUACUAUUUAAAAACCGUAUUUUUUACUCAUGUAUAUACCUAUGGUGUAUAGUGUAUACUGUUUAUACCUUAUAUUUGUAUGCUCGUCAUAUAUUAACGAUUUAACGAUUAAAAGUCUUGAUAUAAA